AUGAUAUUAUUUCUUCUGGGUGUCGCCAACGAACACAUUUUUCCACGCCGAAGGAAAAUGGACGAAAUUGAUCACAUUUUACUUUGGACCAUCAAAGUUUGUCUCGUUGUUUUGUUCGUGACACUUCCAAUGGCUCUGGCAGAAGAGCUCCCCGGCGACAAUUAUUGGUUGGCCUGUAGUGGAGGCGAUGCAAAAAUCAUUGAAAGAUCGUUGGAGCAGAAUCCAGCUUGGAUCCAUGCCACUACUGAUAAUGGCGAGGCGUGUCUACAUUUGGCGGGAAUUUAUGGUCAUGGUGAGGUGACGACACUUUUAUUGUCCAAAGGAGCGGAUCCCAAUAUUCGUUCUACCUGGGAAGAUGGACUACGGAUGCACCCGUUGAGUUGGAACGUGUUUGGCGGGCAUGUAGAAAAUGCUAGGCUGCUAUUGGAAAAUGGAGCCGACGUCAAUGCAGAUUUUGAUAGCAUGGUGGACAAAGUGCAUUCUGUUACUGUGACCGAUGUUGCUUUGCAACUUCAGGACGUGGAGGACGGAGAUGUUCGAUUUGAAAUGAUGCUAUCGUUACUGAGGAAACAUGGAGGAAAGACGAUGGAGGAAAUACGAAAUGCUAAUGAGCUGUAA